AUGGCCUUGCCCACCCCUGGCGAGUCCGCCGCCAAUAACGACUUACGGCACCAGCCACACCACCCUCACCAGCCACAACCCGACCUUCUACCCCAGGAGAACACCGACGAAAAGACGAAUCCACCGCUCGAAGAUGCCAAAAUCCAGGGCCCAAAAACACAAACCGUGUUUAUCCACAAACUCUACGACAUGUUGGAGGACCUGAGCCUCUCGCAUCUCAUCUGGUGGCUGCCUUCCCACGAUAGCUUCUGUCUCUAUCCGGGCGAGGAGUUCUCCAACGUUUUGGCCCAGUACUUCAAACACACCAACAUCGCCAGUUUCAUCCGCCAGCUCAACAUGUACGGCUUCCACAAGGUGAACGACUCGUUCCACAGCGACGAAAAGGGCACGCCGAGUGGCCAGACCCGCUGGGAGUUCAGACACGCUGCUAAUCAGUUCAGAAAGGGCGACGUGGAGCUGCUCCGCCUCAUCAAACGUAAGCUGUCGAAGGUCAUGAGCACCCCGAAGGAAAUCGUCAAUUUGAAGCUGCUCCCGCCGACGCUGAAUCCAGCUACAAGCAACGAUUCAGACUCGGAGACUCCAGACCCAGCGUCCAAGCAGCAGUACCACCGUUCGCUCUAUCAAUAG